GAUGCUCCUGAUAGGAGAGGAAGUGGCCGAGCUCCUGCCUCUCGACGGCGACCUUCCUUCGUCAGGCGAACAUCUACAAGCGAGGUCAUCUGGCGAGCCGGUACACGCACGUGGUCAAACGGCAUCCGCUGCCCGCCAUUGUGGAUCUGGAGUGUCACAACCAUGAGAACUGUGGUCGCUCGCCCCUGAUUCCUUCGCCAGUACGCAAGCCUGAUAUAAGUGAGGUGAUGAUCGACCCAACGAUGGAGGACGCCAAGAGGACAGGCCCCCCCGCCCCCCUCAAGGUCGAGCUCGGGAUGUUCCUCGACCAGGCGCUCCUCGAUGUCUUCUCACAGUACCUGGCGAGUGACGAGGAGCUGGUCGACCUCGUCCUCGGACUCGUGAAUAAUGUCCAGGCCCUGUACCGCCACCCUUCCCUCGGCCGGCAGGUGGACCUCACCAUAAGCCACCUGCGCCUCCUGUACACGCAGCCGGAGGACCUCCCUACCUUCGACGGCGAGCGGAUCAAGCUCCUGAAGGCCUUCUGCGACUACAGCAGGAGGAACAACGACCCCGAUGAUGCCAACCCCGAGCAUUGGGAUAUCGGGGUCUACUUGUCUGGACUGAAUUUCUACGUCAAAAACGACGACGGAUCUGAGAACGGCGUCACGAUGGGCCUGGCGUACACGGGCGGCGUCUGCAAGCCCGCCCUCAGCUGUCUUAUCAACGAAUUGGGCGUCGUCGAUUACAGGGGCCGCCCAUAUCCUUCGGCAGGAGCUCUGAGUUCCUACGUCCUCGCGCACGAAAUCGGACACAGCCUAGGUCUUCGCCACGACGGGGUUUCGAACACGUGCGAUCGUAACGGUUUCAUCAUGGCCGCCGCAGAGGUCUUAGAGGCGCCACCACAUGGUCUCCGUGCGCCAGGGAGAAGAUUUCAGCAGCAGCAGGGCGCGUGCCUAAGCGAAGGCGGCGACGUCGGGGAGCAGGCCUGGGACCACAGCUCCUUCGGGGGUCUUCCCGGACAGCGCUGGGAUGCCACCGCCCAGUGCCAACUCUUCCUCAAGGACGCCGAUGCCAAGAUGGAGAAUGUGUCCAGGAUACACGAAGUGUGUGAAUCGGUGAGCUGCGUGUCUCCCCAUCGGAUCUCUGUCAGUUUGGCUGGACCGGCGCUAGAGGGCACACACUGCGGCGGAGAGAACGUAGGCUGGCAGGUGUCCCGGCGCCCCUGCAACAUCCCGCCCCCAAGAACUCCGAGAAGGGAUGCGUGGGACCCGACCUGCGCGUGUCCUUGUGUCCUGACGAGGAGGGCAACUAGAGAAUACCCUGAGGAAGUCAAACUCCGAUUAUAUAAAGCACUGGUCAGACCUAUACUAGAAUACCCACCAGUUCCCUUAAAUACCAUUGCACAGUCCUCGUGGUAUAUCCUCCAAGCCAUCCAAAACAAAGCCAUUCUAUGGAUAAAUUGUGCAAGAUGGCCAAACCCUCGUCCCUCAAUAAGAGAGCUGCACACAUCCUACAAUCUAGAACCCAUUAACACCCGCAUAUGCAGAAUGGCAGAAAGAACCUGGGACCGAUUAGAAUACACAGAAGACGUAAACUAUGAACAAAUAAAAACAGCCCAUCUGAACACGGAAGGAGAACAUCGCUGGUGGCCAAGAAGCCUAACCAGAAUAAGAGAAAACCUCCCUGAACCAAUUUACUCCAGGACAAACAGGGAGUUCGGGAAAGAGGGAGAGGAAUAUGGCUCCACUGCACGACUAUGGCUUCGCUCCUGCCAAUUGCCGAUGGCAGAUGCGAAGCUGUAG